AUGACCGACUUGAUUCACCGGUCCGUGUUCUGGCUUUCCUCCGGUCUUCAUCAGACUCUGAACUGUCCUGAUUUCUUUCAGUACGUGAGCGGGAGCGCCUCCUCUCUCUCCGUGGAGAGCUCCUGUAAGAGGACCUCCUUUCAGACUCGUGAUAAUGCGAUCUGUCGGAGCGUGAGCCUCUGUCGCCACGGGACCUGUCCAGCUUGGAAUGAGAUGAACUUGUGCGAGACCCUCGUGACCGAGAACGUGAAGCAGGUUGGGGCUCAUGUUUGGAGUCUGCAUGAUGAUGCCCCUUCCCUGAGCUGGACUGCGGUGGGGCAAUAG